CCCCCCCAAAUCAGUGAUCAGCUCCUUGGUUUUGCUGAUGUUGAGCAGUAGGUUGUUCUCUGAGCACCACUCUGCAAGAUUAUGAAUUUCCUCCAGAUAUGAAGUCUCAUCGUUGUUUGAAAUCUGGCCGAUGAUGGUAGUGUUGUCCGCAAACAUCACAACAGAGUUCUCUUCAUGUUGAGUGAUGCACAGUGUGAACAGGAGGGGUCUGAGCACACAGCCCUGGGGGGCUCCGAUGUUGAGCACUAGAGUUGAGGAGGUGUGUCCACCAAUCCGAACUGACUGGGGUCUGUUUGUGAGGAAGUCCAAUAUUCAGUUACAGAGUGCUGUAUUUAGACACUGAGUGCUGAGUUUGCUGAUAGUUUCAUGGGGAGAUUGUGUUGAAUGCUGAGCUGACAUCGACAAACAGCAUUCUGAUGCAGGUGUUGUUUUUCUCAAGGUGUGUGAGGGCUGAGUGGAGGGCAGUGGAGAUGGCAUCCUCUGUGGAUCUGUUGGUUCUGAAAGCAAAUUGGUGAGGGUCCAGGAUGGCUGGGAUGUUGAUUUUUAUGUGCUGAAGAACCAGUUUCUUAAAGCACUUCAUCAUUAGCCUAUGUCUUGCAUACCAUGCUCUGAGUGUUAAUACUGUAAGAGAUUGUGGUCUCGUUCUUAACCAGAGUGGGAUUACAAAAUUGCCACAAAAUUGUUAUACUGUAAGUAUCACCUUUUGCUAAGCAUCAAGUCUGCAGUUAUAAAUAUGAAGAUGUUAAUUAAUAAAUGGAUUUGGAUCCAGAUGUUCUGCAGACCUUUCACAGGUGGUAAGUGGCCGAGAAGUCCCUAAUGAACUGAAGGGCUUGCUAAAAAAACAUGCUUGAGGAGGAUGCAACUCAGAAAGUGCUACCAUUAUAUCUGAAAAUGUACUGAAAUUAGUUCCAUUUAACUGAAUUAAUGACUAAUAAUAAUAGACCGACAUGCAGAGACAGUUUAUACAGAUGUGUCUUACCCCAUUUGUGUCCCAAAAGUGGUAACUGUGUUUACGUUUUGCCUAUUUAUUUUAGAUUCUAUUCAUUCUCUCUCCAAAAACAAUAUUCCCACAUGACCAAAGACAAAAUUUAGAAAGGAAAGAAUAAAUUAAUCCUAAAAACAAAAUCAUAUGUUUGGCAUUAACUCAUUGCAAGUUGGUUCAUGCUAGAUGUGAUGACAGAUAAAAGAAGAAAAACAGAGAUAUAGUUAUAGAUUGUUACAUUUUGAUUGGCGUGGACAUGCAGCCACAGCAGCAGUGGGCAUGUUUCUUAUGAGGGAGCAUUCCCAAAUUAUACUGGUGUAGCAACUGAUAUUGUUCAAUGUUUAAUUUAUUAAUCCAUUAAACCUUGAAUAAAUUAUCUGACUUUUACAUGUUUGUUGUGUUUAAUUCUGUGUGUUUUCCAUGUCAGUAAUGUUUCUUUUACUGUCCAUUUUGUACCAUUCACUGGUGGUUAAGACAUGUGGAACUACAGAUUAUAAGGAUAACUGCACAACUAAAGUUUUUGUGACAUGCUCAAGUGAAACAGUCUUUUGACCAGAUGGUUUCCAGUUCAGUGACCAGCAGCCCCAUCGCUAAUGAAAGUGCAGAAAAUGACAAAAACUCUCACUGAAUAAGUAAAGUUUUCACUUGGCGGAAACUGCCUGGCGGAGUCGUUGAGGAUGGCCACACACUUCUGUUUAUACCUACAGAUUAUUUUCCUGUUUUUGUGUUGCACGGUGUGUAGUACUGUCAUUUCCUGUAAAAAUGAAGCUGGUGAGCUUGUUGAUUGGUUUAUCAUCUACAAGCUGCCGAGGUAUAAGAUUGGCGAGGUCGGCAGCGGGGUGGAGUACAUGUACCUGGACUCCUUAGUGGGGAGCUGGCAGAUGAGUAAAUACAUGAUUAACACCAGUCAAGGAGCCAUAGGGAGCACACUAAACCAGCUUUACAUGGGGGAGGCCUACAAGUCCAACAGUUCGGUCUACGCACUCUACAAUGAUGGGCCACCAAUCCUGGAUUACAUCAAAGGAUAUGGACACACUAAAGGGGUACUGCUCUUUGACCGCUCUCAAGGUUUCUGGCUGUCACACAGCAUUCCCCAUUUCCCCUCGUUCCCUGAGAGAGGCUACCAUUACCCCUCCUCUGGCAAAGUCAACGGCCAGACUGCUCUCUGUGUGACCUACAAGUAUGAACAGUUCCUCGGUAUUGCAAAGCAGAUGGUGUACAUUUAUCCGCGUUUCUAUAACUGCUCCAUACCUGCUGCCUUCUUGGCUGACCUGCCGCAGUUGGCCAAGUUAUGUGAGGGCUCCAAACCACCGCUGGCCUCAGAUAAGGGAGUGGAACAGCUUUUCUCAAUCCAAGGGGAGAAGUUUGUCAGUUUUGUCAAAUCUGAACGCUUUGUGGAUGACAUCUACACGGGCUGGGUGGCUCAGGUUCUGGACGCCGACCUGCUGGUGGAGACCUGGCAGAGGCAAGGUCAUGACCUGCCCUCCAACUGCUCCCUGCCCAAACACACCAUGAACAUCAAGAGGAUUCAGCUUCCCGGAUCAGUCCUGUUCCAGUCCCACUAUGACCACUCAAAGUGGUGCGUGUCAAGGGCCUAUGAGGACCAGGUGACCUGCCUGGGGGAUCUGAACAGGGACAGGGCCCAAAUGUGGCGCGGUGGAGGGCUCGUCUGCUCCUUCAACCCCUUGAUUUACAAGGCCUUCAGACAGGUGGUGGCCUGGUACAUCGGCUGUUGAACGAGAGAGAAAGAUCGGAUGAUUGGUACUGGGUUGGUUUGAAUCCGUUUCAAAUGCAUGGGACUAAAUGUGAAGGUAGAUCUAAUUAGGGUUAAAACAGCUGGCGUGCAACCAGCAGACCACAAAAGUAUCAAAUUACCAUCAGUUUCAGACAACUACAACACUCUUGAAUUUAACUCUGGUUUCUUUAAUUGCUACUUGGACCUAGCUAAGUAGAUUCUUGUAGCAAACUGUAUGAUCAGUUAUAAAAAUGUAAAGUGUAUUCCACUAGAUUGUACUUCCAAUUUUUGUUUCAGUUGGAGAUCUAUAAGAUGCAUUUUGACAUACAACAGUUGCAGAAAUCUGGACUGUAUUCACUUAUUCUGAAAGUUUUCCUGAAAGGAAAGGGGAAGCUCGCUGGAGAUCAAUGGCAAGGUUAUUACCAUUUCCCGCUUUCCAGCUUCUGUGUGUCAGAGUCUGGGAAUAUUUAAAAGUUUGUAAUUAAUAAGUUAAUGCAAAGACAUGUGUUCCAGUACAUACUGAAGUACUGACAGUCUUUUCCUGUAUAUGGUUUUGAGGAUUGAAGCCUUUGAUAAUCUCACUUGAAGAAUAUGUGGCUGUGUGAAUUUUGAAUGAGUAAUUUUCAAAGUUACAUAGGCCACAUGAAGUGUAUGCAAAUCUGUGUCUCAGUAUGAGUGUGAGUGUGAAUAGAAAGUAGUUCUCACUGUGAAACUUUCUGGAAUGAAUGAAGAACAAUUACUCCAUCAACAUCCGAUUCGUAUCUGUUCAAUGUUUUGUUGUACUUUUGUGGAGACUGUGACUGGAUUUGCCAUCAUCUUAACUGUGUAGUUGUCACUUUGUCAGGAACAUGCACUUUGUGAAUAAUUUAAGGUAUGCAGGGUUUUGGAUUAAGGGGCAGUGGUGGCCCAAAGGUUAGAGAAGCGAGCUUGUGAUCGGUUCAAUCCCCGCUCUGGCAGUGGAUGUGGAAAGUAAACCAAGCUUGCCCUCACUCAUUUACCACCACUGAUGUGCCCUUGAGAAAGGCCCAUAACCCCAACAGCUGCAGUGGAGCUGCUUAGUGUGAAUGUGAUCAGUGAGAGACUUCCUCUCAGUGAAGCUCCAUGAAUAAAUAAAGGUAAAAAAAAAUGUUUGUACUUUAAGUGUAGUAUUUUCCUAUGUGGAACAAACGAUAGAGAACAUACCAAUAGUACACUUUACAUUUAGACUAUUUUAUGCUAUAUUGUAAGUUAUUAUUUGCCAAAAAAAAAACCAAAACUCUGCCAUGGAAUUAAGAUUAUGUUUCCAAUACACAACUUAUUUUCUAGAAUCAUGUCUGAUAAUAAAUAAAGAUGAAUAAAUGCUUAAUAAAGAUGAAUAAAAGCUUGAUAAAGAUA